AUGCACGGCGGGCGCCAAAGACCUCGCUUCACCGACGCCGGUACUGCUUUCCUCUGCUGCUUCUUCUUCUUCCUCCUCUUCGAUUUGCAGGAGAGUAGUAGUACUAUAAUAACAAAUCCAAUGAAGGAGGAGGAGGAGGCCCUGCGCCUCACGAUCAAAAGUCCGGCUCAGGUUCCGUUCCGGCAAGCCGCCGGCGCCGCAGCGCACGCCGUCCUGCCGGGAGGGGGCAGCUUCAAGUCGUCGGUCAGAGGCUAUGAGACGUCCCUCUCCAGGCUCUUCAGUGGAAGGAUCGCUAGGACCUCGUCGCUCCUGACGGCGGACGAUGGCGUGCUCUCGGCCUCCGUGCACACCGCCAACAAGACGCCGCCGAGUGUUCCUGCCGCCGCUGAGAAGACGGGUAUGCACCGGUCGCAGUCCCUCCCGAUGAACAUGAAGUUGAGCUCGGCCAAAAGCAUCAAGAGGAUGAACUCGCUCGACGGCGUGUACCGCGUCGUCCCCUCCACGCCAUGAGCCCCCGCCGCCACCGCCGCGGCGAGCAAUGUCGUGCCGGACAUAGUCCCCAUAGAACCAGGUGGGUGGAUGCACAUCACUCUCCAACAUUCAGUCUGAAUUCUGCUGCUACCUCUCUAGCAUCGGUCUAAAUUCCGUCACAUAGAGUUCCUGAAACUGUGCACACAAUGUGCUAAUGGGUGACACCGUCUAGCUGCUCCAUGAGAAUGGAGGGAGUAUCAA